AUGAAUAAGUUAGUUGUUCUGUAUUCAAACACACAAACUCAAACACUCCAUAGACUGCAAAGUUGACUGGUUUUUAAGCAGCAAGGUGUUCCAUAAAUCGUCUUCCUCAGACGACGUAUUGAAGUUACAGUUGGGUGCACAAGAAGAAACCGGAAGCUCUGCGAAAUGGCGUUUCUGGGACGAGUCAACAGUGAAGGAGCCCUAACCGACUGCGAGGUGUUCUGCUCCCGUCUGGUCAAGCUCCAGCCCCAGACCCAGCGCCAGGAGAUCCCAGCCAUCCAAAGCAGAGGGGCCGAGGCGAACGGGCUGCUCCCACAGGCCAAGGGCUCCAGGACCUACAUCAAGACCUACGACAAGGACAGCAUGCUGCGCUCCAUGGGAAGCCCCAGCACGGUGCGCUACGUGGGCAGCUCCGUGUCGUCCAGCGAAGUCCACUCCUUGGACGAGACGGAGACCUCCACUCUGCGCUGCUGCUCGCUCGUGUCCUCGGGCACCCUGGCCACGAUGGUGGGCGAGGAUCUCGACGUGGACCUGGACAAUCCCAGCAGCAGUCCCAGCAGCCCCGAAAGCAGCAGAUCCACCUCCUCGCGAGGCGGCAGUUCCAGCGACAAGGACUCGACCGCCUCGAUGUGCAGCUGGGAGGAGGCCAUGUCCCUGCCCUCGCUGCGCCUGGGAGUGGGAUCCGAUGGAGCCGGCGGAUCGCCGCCGCUCACCUACACCUGCCGCCUCGAUCCGCUGCGCGUGGAGCGGUCCGCCGGCGAGGCCUACGAGAACUGGCUGUCCGGCAAGCGGCGCCAGUGCCAGUACAAGCUGCGGGCGGAGCAGGCCGAGCGGGAGGCGCAGCGGGAACGGAUGGCGCUUCGCCAGCGAAUGGCCAAGGAGAAGUACGAGCAGUGGUGCCGUCAGAAAGCCGCCAAGACCGCUCAGACCGCUCAGACCGCCCAGACCGCCCGGCCUACCCAAGUCCCGCCCCGAACGGCGUCCGCCUCUGCGGAGAGCCACCUGCAGGCAUGGGAGCUGCAGAAGCUGAGGCUGGCCGAGCAGCGCAGGAUGGAGCUGCGGAGCGCCGAGCGGCGGCGCCAGCAGGAGAAGCUGCUCCGCCGGCAGCAGGCCGAACAGGCCUUCCAGCGGUGGAUGAGCAACGUGGCCCAGAGACCCAAGCCCGUCCCCACCAGCCAGGGAAUGCAGUCCCUGCGCGGCACCGUUUCCGACAUCUUCAUCAACCCCAAUCAGUGGGUGGAUUGAGCGAUGUGAGCUAGCUAGAAAGCAUUGCCGAUGAGCCGGAAAAGUGUAUUGCCCAGACGGGUACGUCGAAAGUUCCCCAAGAAUUAGCCCGCACUUUAAAGCCAGCGUUUUACCCAAGUGAAUCCAUAUUUACCCAUUUGCAACGAUUAAAUACCAAAAAAAGGC